CCUUUGGUUGACAUUUGACAUGUUGGGCGAGCUUAGCGUCGGCACAUCCACCAUCCCUCGCUAGAGUCAGAACGAUAUGUAUACUCGUGCCUGUAUCUUGAUCUUGUAGGUGGAUUGUAUUCGAUACUUUGCUCUUUUUGCUACUCACGGUCCCUACCGGUCUCUUCAACAUGACGAUACGUGUGCGCGAGUCUACAGAGGACGAUAUCCCCGCCAUUGCUCGCAUAGCUUCGGCGGCCUUCCACCCGGAAACAGAUGCCAUUGCAGCCCGGCUAUUUCCUGCUCGGCUCGCUGGAGAGGGCGAGGCCUAUUCCUGGCGAUAUGCCAAAAAGACGGCAAGCCUGAGUUCCACAGACACCAUCAUGGUCGUGGCUGUCGACGACUCCCUAAACGACCAGGUGGUGGGCUUUGCUCUGUGGGAUGUAUACAGACAGUCGCAGCCAGAAAAGGCGGCCAAUCAACCCCCGUCUGCCGCUCAACAACUGCCACCACCCUCGUUCGACCAGGAGGCGUAUGCAGAGCUCCGCGCUAUCGUUUCAGCCGACCACCAGGAGAUGUUCGGAGAAAGAGGCAUCAAGGACGUCUGGCAUCUUGAUUACCUCGGGGUGGACCCGCAGCAGCAGCGGAAGGGGAUCGGGAAGAUCCUUUUGGACUGGGGCAUCAGCCGGGCGGCGAGCGAAGGAAAGGAUUGCUAUUUGCUGGCGACGCCUGCCGGGAAGACGCUGUACGACAAGACGGGCUUUGAGGAGGUGAGGACGGUGCCAAUAUUUGGGGUUUUGCACACCUCCAUGAUACUUAGACACGGCAAAUGAUGAUCUGCACACGACAAGUACUGUACGAGUAUGAGCACACGACAAGCAGCUACGAGCACAAAUAUUCCACCCGACCUCUCACAAGACAUGGUGCAAAGGAAACACGGAAAUUAUUCCCCUAGUAAAAUUCACACUUUAGAUCGCAGUCGGCACUGGGCGGCGC